GGCGUGUCUUUACUUUCGCUGAUGGGUUGUGGAAGCCGCGCGGGGAAUCCGGGAUGAAUGAAUGAAUGAAUGGGUGGUGGUCUUCGCUGUCCGUCUCUUUCUCUCUUCCUUAUUUUAACUACUACUUACUACUUCCUCCCCCUCAGCUCAGCUCAGCUCAGCUCUUCCAACUCCCACUCCCACUCCCUCUCUCCCAGUCCCCAUCUCACUCUCACUUACUUCGAUACCUCUCUCUCUCUAUAUACUUCUAGACCUAGACUUUUAUGCUCUUACUUUCUCCCUUCCUUUGCUCCCCUCUCUCAUGGUCAGUGCUGCUCUCCACUUCCUCCUUCGCGAUGUCUGGAUCCAAUCCUUUCCGCCCUAGGCAGCCCGCGAGUGAGUCUCUUCCGACGGUUCCGGAUUGCUUUCAUGCAUUCAUUCAUCGCAGCCUGGGCGAGGCACAUCUUCAUCCAUUGACUUUUGACUGUUUGACUGUUCGAGUGAUUGUUGUUGUUACUGACUCAACGGCAUCUUAGACACUACUUUCCCCUCUCACUCCAAGACAGUCUCAAUUCCCUACAGUCCAG